AUAGCUAUCCGCAUAAUAGUUUAUCAUCUGUACAGAGCUAAACUCGGGGACCCUUCACUUGCAAUGAAGAUUCUUAUUAUAGCCCUGGCUCUGUUGGUAGUUGGAAUAUCUCCUAGCCCAUGCUUUGGGCAAACUGAUGGAUCCGUUACACUUAACAGACUGGUAUUCCAAUUCUCCUACAAUCAAGUCUCCAUGAACUUAUACUUUAGCAACGUGAUGGAGCCUAAUCCAUUUUUAAACAAUGGAUAUUAUUACGAUCGGUUUCGUCGUCCGUAUGAUAUCGAUGCACCGUGCUUUUUGAACCAACUUAUUUUCAAAAAUACAAACACGAGUGAAACAUUCCAGGCGGAUUGUCCGGGUAGUUGCAAUUCCUACGAUGACAACCGCGUUGAUAUCACAAUGGAUCCUAGAGAUUAUCUCCGAAUGAUAUCUGACAAGUUUAUCAAUACAACCUCUGCUAAUGCAACCUCUACUAAUAUAGCAUUGGAAAUGUACACUGCAGCUGCGCUUGAGGCUCCCUUCUACGUUAGAAUUGAGCCAAAUGACACCGUUCAAUGUGACGUAAUAUUAAACCUUGGGGGCUCUCAGUUUGUAGGUAUUAGUUACUCACCAGCUGAUUAUUGGAUUAAUGAGGAUAUUAUUGUAAUUCAUUUCACUUCUUUAAUUGACGUUGCUACUGUCAAUGCCAGUAAGCUAUCACUCUCUCGUGGUGGCUAUGAUCAGUAUGGAAACAACAUUGUUAACAUUGCGGGAGGUGAAAUACUGAAUGAGUCACCUGGUUUAACACAAUCUGUGGCUAUUAGACUGACCUCAAGUGAUCGAGCUCUUCUUGCAAGCAAAAGAAUAUGCACUGCUGGUGGUAGGAACUUCAUUCGAGACUGUUACUUUACCUUAGAAGAAGGAUUUGCUGCCUCAUAUUACGGAGAAGAGAGCUCUUACUUUGGUACAUAUCCAGUUUCUGAUUUCGGGAGUCGAGAACCCAAUUUUGAGCCUGUGACUAUGUCUAUUCAGCUGGAGUAUGUCGAUAGGUUGACUCUGAACCUGACACUCGGUCUGGGGCAGCCAUAUAUUAUUCGUAGUGGUGAGAGAAUUAUUAGUGUAACCUGUACAAGCAGAGAUACUAGCCAGUAUGUCAACCCCAUGCUGGAGAUUGACAAUGGUGCAGUGCCUAUUUCCGCUAACUACAUCCAGAAUACGUCCAGCUCCACUACCUUGAAUGCACCCAGGGGGCUAUACCAGUCUGGUUUGGAAGGCUACUACACAUGCAGGACAGAGGGAGACACUUAUCUCAGGCCUAACAUUCUACAUUCCAAUAUCUUACGCAUAUUUUUCUACGAAGGAGCUUCUGCUACUGGUGAUUUAGGUGAAGAUAUUAUACUCCGCUUUGCACAUAGUGACCUUUAUGGUACCUAUGGUUUUCGAUUCCAAGUGUCCAUAGCCCUUGAUGAUAAUUAUCCGUAUGGAGGGUUUGGAUAUUAUGGAUACCCGCCUCCUUUUGCGUUCCGUGUUGAACUAAACACUCCAUUCCCAUACCAUGCUGAGCUGCACAUCAACAGGACCCAGUUCAAUUAUGAGGGAGAGUACUUUCUCUCAUACAAUAAUUAUUAUAAUCUACGCCCAAGCUUCACUAUCGAUGUCAAUGCACCUGAGCCCACUCUCUACCCACCGGUCCUGACUGUGCUGAACUCUAACCCUCCUGAUACAACCGCCUCUCUUACUUGUACUUCUGACAAUACAGCUGUUCCCGUAGUGUUCCUCGGAAACUUCACCGCACUGGGAAUCACGACUACCUACGAAGAUGACACCAACAACUCUGUGAGAUUGGACUUUGAACUGGACAAAGACCUGAUUGAGUUGCUAAAUGGGAUGGAGUUUAUCUUUGAAGCCAGAGACCCAGAUGAUUAUAAUUCCACUGUGUCAACCUCCGGCUCAACCUUUAGAGCAGUGUCAGAUACACUGACUCUGUACGGUAUCGAGCCUGACAGUAGUCGCAAGCUUAUUAUGAAUGGUGAAACAAUUGAUACAACCAGCUCGUUUGAAUGUCUGCGGUAUAUCAAUCCUACAAGAACGGAUCUUGAGACCAUCCCUGCAACAAUGUUGUGGAGACUCAAUCUUCUGCAGUCUAAAGAAGAGAUAGAGUUCAGUUCAGAUGUUAGUGGCGAAGAGUUUAUAGUCACUACACUCGAGAAUAGGAUCACUCUGAAUAUUUUUGGUGAUUUCAGUGGAAGUGUUUCGUGUAUCUAUGGCGAUGAAAUAAUAAAGAUCAAUGUUGUCACUGAAGCUUUGGUGGCGGGUGUAGACUUCAUUCCUCCCUUCUUCCCAAAAGAUGGUGUGCCAUUGUUUAAAACUGAUGAUGGUUGUUCACAGCGGAUUUACUCGAGCACUGGCAUUCCAUUUGGAGUCGCGAUUCAACUUAAAAGAACGUCACAUUCGAUACAGUAGUUCCUCGACGAAGGGGUGGAUCUCUCAACAAUGUGCGUGGUAUCAGUGGAGUGGUGACCUACAAUCCUAGAUUCUUCCCGAACCAGUUCCUUGAAACUGAUUACAAGCUGCGAGAUGUAUGCAGCAUAGGAGGAGAAGCAGACACACUGUACAGGACUAGAAUACCUCCAGUUACUUGUACCACUUAUCAACCACCAAGAAGAACCUUCUGUACGGGUGAUCCUCAUCUCACCAACCUUGAUGGAGCUAAGUUCACAUUCAAUGGUUGGGGAGAGUAUAUUCUACUGGAGUUGUUGACUGAUGACACCACGUUCUGGAUCCAAGCUCGUAUGCAACCACUCCCAGA